AUGGGAGCGCAAGAGUUACUAGAAAAGGAUCAGAAAGAAGGUAAGAAAAGCAAGCAAGAGCGAUCAGCCUUGCAGCCCUGGCAUGGGUGGGACGCGCCGGGCAGCUGCCUGGUUCUGCGGGGAGUGGGAAAUCGCUGCUCCGGGUUGUGCUGCGUGGCGCGGGCGCGGGCGCGGCCCCAGCUUCCUGCUCCUCGCUGUCCUCGGGGCAGGGACUGCCAGGCUGAGUCAGGGAGGCUUCGCGGUGACUCAGCACGGUCUGCACCAGCCUGCCCAGCCGGGCCCCGCCGCCGUGCUGGCAGGAGGGAGGAAUGCGUGGCCCGGGGCACGGCCGGGACGCGGGGCUGCCAGAGUAGCCUUCCCGGCCCUUUCCGCCGGUCCUGGCUUCCAGGAUUCGGGGCGAGGCGGGGGCGCGGGGGUCGGGGGGGAGAGCGGCCUCCUGCGGCGCCACCCACCCGCCUCGGAACGGACUGCGGAGCCGGCUGCGGGCCAGAGGAGGCCCGGCGCGCUCUCGUCGCUCGCGUUUGCCAGGUUGCCUGGGAAAAUACAACGAAACUCUUUAAACUGCUAUUCAUAAGGACGAAAUUUUAUACUGAAAAAUCCCAGGCUGAACUUAAGUCCGCGGCAGAGCCCAGCGCUCUGGCCUCGGUUGGGGUGAGCGGCCCUUCCAGCCCAUCUGCAGGCCUCGGCCUGCACCAGGAAGUAAAGCCGAGGUCGGAGCUGAAGCUCAGAUUUGCAAGAUACCAGGACUGAUUUUAAUGCAGAUCUGACAUUAGGUAUGUGCAACACCCUCGCAGAGGGGCCGGCAGAGUGAAAAUCAUGCAUGUGAGCAGGAAAGAGACCAGCCGGGCAGGUGCUCUUGUGACUGGGACAGAAGGGAAACGCAGAGUACCUCCAUGAAAGCGGGCACACAGGGCAGCAGGUGGGCAUCAAGGAAGGAGAAGAGGAGACCCGGGGAGGAGUGGACCAGGCUGAUGGCCUGGGUGCAGGGCUGCGCCUGGACGGGCGGUACUGAGACAUCUUCUUCCUAAAGACUCAGCAUCCCAAGACUGCAAAGACCACGCAGAAUCCGGCUCCCUGAUGCUGUUGUCCAUCCUCACGCUCUGCCUCAAAGCCUGAACUCUGAGAGCAGCAACUUUUCAGGGCAAAGUACAGUUAAGGUCAGUUUGGUCCAAAGAUGCACACGAAGCUUUGUAGAAAAGACCAGUCUUGUGCCGUAAUUUUGUUGUUUGCAUAUUGUUAUUUGCCCUUAAAAAAUUCCACAUUGCUCAAUAAAUCUGGACACAACUCUUUA